AGCAUACUAUUGGCUACAGCAAUUGAAACACCUCCUAUAGAUUCUUGAAUAUCGUCUUUGUUAUGUCAUUACUUGUUCACCUUAUCCAAAAUCUUUGAUCUGCAUUCUUUUAUUUCUUGACACACACACGCAGAGAGUUUCUAGAGGAAAAACGAAAAUCAUGGCAAGUUGCAGCAUGGCUUCUGCUGCCUCAGGAUUUUUGGCGACACCAAAUGUCAUCUCCGGCACAGGCACGCCUCGAAGCAGCGUGUUACUUUUCACUUCAAGAAAAAACAGCAACUCAAGGCUGACAGUACGGGCCGAGGAGGCAGCCGCACCCGCUGCUGCCACUGCUCCAGCGGCCAAGCCGCCUCCUAUUGGACCCAAGAGAGGAACCAAGGUUAGAAUCCUUCGCAAGGAGUCCUACUGGUACAAGGGUGUUGGUUCAGUUGUAGCUGUUGACCAGGAUCCUAAGACUCGCUACCCGGUUGUUGUGCGAUUUAACAAAGUGAAUUAUGCUAACGUUUCGACAAACAACUACGGCUUGGAUGAGAUCCUAGAAGUUGUUUGAGUGUUUUUUCGUUUUUCUUUUUUUGGCAUCUGUGCAAUGGACAUUUCAAUAUUGUGUAUGAAUCUGUUCUUACUUUAUUGGAACAAUAUAUAAUUCAAGAAUUCUCAUUUCACUAUUUAAAUUUUCGAGAUAUUUUGACUUAA